AUCGGUAAAGAUUACUAUUGGUAAAUUCAAUUGGCGCUAUAUUAAUUCUCGUCAAUAUUAGCCUUUUUAAAAAAUGGAAGACGAUGAGAAGCUCGCUCAAUGUCGAAAUGCAAUUUUGGUAUUUGUAAUCAACAAUAUUGAAAAUAAACUCCCUAUAAAGGAAGAAGAAAUGCGUGAAAUACUUGGCAAAGACAAAGCACUCCUCAAGGGAUGUCUACCAAGUGUAAUUCAAACUUUGAAAAAGGUUUAUGGAAUAGUUUUACAGCGUGUACCUGAAACUAGAAAGUUUAUUUGCUAUUCGGAGUUAAGUGCAUCCUCCACAGCAGAGUAUGAUUUGGAACAGAUCCGUCAUUUAACAUUGUUAUUUAUUAUACUGUCUUAUCUGUUAAUGAAAGAUUGCCGAGUGGAUGAAGAGCAACUAUUUAAUUUUCUCAAAGGCCUACGGAUAGAUAUCGACGAGGAGCACACAUACUUUACAGGAAAUCUGAGAAAACUUAUUUGUGAAACAUUUGUAAAGCAAUUAUAUUUGAAGCGGGAAAAGUCCGAUUCUGAAACCGACAUGGAAACAAGAUAUUUGUUCUCUUGGGGUUAUCGCGCUACUAUGGAAUUUCCACCAAAAGAUGUUUUACAACAAACUGCAGGGAUUCUUGGCAAAGAAGCCAGGGAUUUCGUCGCUAUAUAUAACAAAUAUUGUUCAAACGAUAACAACGAAGAACCAAUAGCUGUGGACUAAAUAUAUUAAUCAAAAUCAAAUCAUACUUGUUAUAGCUGUACCCACUAAACAUUUUUUACUAACCAUGUAUGUAUGUCAACAUUUCAUAAGUAGCUCUAGUGUCUUUUUAUAUUUCUAGAAUUACAAUUUCAC